AUGCCUGACGCUCAUUUGGCGACCUCGCGAGGCAGCCGGCGGAAAUGCAGGCACUGGGGCGAAGGCGGCGUUCGCGCCACUGGCCGAGUCCGUCGCCCUCUUCCGGGAGACGCUCGAGCGGGCUGGCGUCACCCUUCAGCCGCCCGACCUGGAGUACAUCCGCCCGCUCAUUGA